GAAAACAAUUCUAGAAUCUAGAUUUGGAUGUUUAAUUGUGAUGUAAAAGUAAUUGAUUAAUAUUAAUGUACAUUAAAUUUUCAUGAAACAAGAUAAUUAUUGUGAGUAUGUUAUGACCUGGAAGUGACCAUUUUUCGUUGGUUUUCUGUUUUAACUGAAAAGGUUAAUUCGUGAAUUUUUGUUAUUAAACAUUUUUGUGGUGUUUUGCUCAAUCUAAAAUAUCAAUAUGAGUAGCUGGCUCUCUGGACUUGCUAGUAAAACAGAGGACAUUCUCAAUAAAAUGGACCAUGCAGCAGCAAAUGUUUUGAGUACUUCCGAGAGUAAAAUUGUAGGCCGAUCCAAUGUCUCCAGUGAUUAUCGAGAGAAUGAAAAUUAUCAUCAAAUCGACAUAGAUGGCUCAUCAACUAUUUAUCAACAGCGACCUCAACCUCAAUAUAUUUCUCUUGGAAAUCAGAAUACUGUUCAAGGAUCUCAACGAUCAGCACCACAUUCCAGAAGCUCUUCCAUUUCUUCCUCUUUUUCUACAAUAUCAGCUCGUGAAGUUGUGAAUAACUCAAAUUAUACUAAACCUAGCAACACUAAGGCUGUGGAUGAUGAUGAGAAGCUUUUUGAAUUUUUAAAUAGCAAAGGUUCGUCAGUAGCCUCAACUCAAGGAUCUGAUUCUCCUAAAACCGAUGUAACUUCGGAAGAGAAACAAUGGUCUGAAGUUGAGAAUCCAGAUGUUGAGACUUCGUCAGAUAAACUAGAAACUAUCGUGGAAGUAAAAAGAGAAACCUCAGAUCAAGUGAUAAAGCUUAAAGAUCAAGUCAAAUCACUUACUCGAGAAAUAACGCAAUUAACUAAGCGGAAUGUUGAUCUAGAAACCGAUUGCAAACGACUACAAAAACGAUUGGACAAUUGGCAGUCUCAAAUUGUGUCUAGUGACAAUGCAUUAAGAGAAUUACAAUCUCGAGAAUCAGAUUUGAAAACUACAGUUGAUGUCAAAGAUUCACAAUUGGCUGUUCUCCGAGUUCGACUUGAAGAAUGUGAUGAUAAAUUGAAAGAGAAAGCAAAUAUAAUUAAACGAUUAGAAGAGGAAAAUGAAACACUGUUGAAAGAAAGGGAAGAUAACUUGAGCAAUUUCGAUGAAAAUUUGUUAAGUUUGAGGCAUAGAAUCAAGGAAUUAGAGGAAUCCCUUUUAAAUGAAAAAGAAAUCCGAAUUCAGGCUCAACAAGAGACAAUGAACACAAUCGGAAAUUACCAGGAAAGCCAACGUCAAUUAAGUGAAGAAAUAGCCAAUUUACAACGCCAGUGUGCAUUAGAAAGAAACAUGGCCAAAGAAUUGGAAAAACAGUUCCACGCUCUGCAAACAAACCACGAAGCAUUAGAGAAUGAGUUCAGUGAAUAUAGAAUAAAAGCUCAAAGAACUUUACAAUCAAAAGAUGACUUAAUCAAAGCCUUACAAAACGAUGGAACUUUUAAAGAAAACGAAGACACUAAUCAAGUUAAUAUUUUACUGCAAUCGGAAUGUGAUUCAUUGCUACUAGAAGUACAAGACCUUCGUAACAAAAAUGAUGCACUGACAAAAGAAUUGGACACUAUAUGGAAAACUCAAAUCACCUCUUUGAACGAACGGAUCAGUCAAUUAUCAGCAACACUCGAGGAAGAACAAGAUUCCAAGAAUGAUUUAAAAAACGAAGUAAUUCGGUUACAAGAAGAGUUGAAAGAUUCUGAUGAAGAUCAUGAGAGGAUAAAAAAUAAUUUACAAGCUAGAAUCCAAGAUAGAGAUAUUGAAAUUGAAAAGCUCAGAAAACAAUUGGUUUCCAAACGAUCUUCAGCUCCAGGAGCAAGUUCAUACGAUGAAUUGGAAACUCGAAUCAAAAACUUAACCGAGAAUUUAAUACAAAAGCAAACUUAUGUUGAACAAUUGAGUAGUGAACGUCAUUCAUUGGCUUUACAAUUAGAAAGAACCGAAUCCAGAUUGAGAGAAUCAUUAGAUGUAAUUUCAAGUAAUAAAAAUAUGAACAAUAUUCCCGGAGCUGUAACUAUUGGUAUGAUGCAUUCAUCACCAGCGUCUAAUUUAGUCAACAGAAUAAGACCUUUGGUUGAAGAAAGUCCUUAUGAUGGCCAAGUUACCAGACGAGUGAAACGAGCUUAUGACCACAUCGAUGGAUUUAGCUUACGACUUGGUUUGAUUUUGCGUCACCAUCCUUCCGCUCGCGCCUUUGUUAUAUUCUACAUUUUGUUGUUGCAUAUUUGGGUGAUAUUCAUCCUUUUUAAUUAUCGACCUAAAAUAACUGAACCUUGAAUUAUUCAUUUUUUGUUGUUCUAAUUACUCUAAUACCUCUGUUUUAUUGGUUUAAAGUAUUCCUAAGAAUUAUUUACCUCGAAAAUGAGUUAUAUUACAUAAAUUCUAUUUACAUCUAGUGUUUUAUCGAGAACUAAAUUUUUUAUGCAAAA